CUCCCCUCUACUACCAUACUUAUUCAACACGGAGGGACAUGGUAGCAGCGGCGAGAAGCACUCCUGAUCAGUUCGGCGUAUUGAAGAAUGAGGCAGGCUGAAAGACCAUGGCCGAUUCGUGUUGCUCUCAACUCCUGACCCUGAGUCAGCAAGCGCAGGCCAAGAGCUGUGCAUUGAACGACAUCACGCCGCAACCACAGCGAAAGAAAGAUCCUUCUUGCCAUGACCAUGACUUUGCAAACAUUGCACCUUCAACCUCACAACAAGCGAUUGCGUGCUCGAGCUUAACAAGCUCGCCAUCCUACCAAGUCGCCUGCCCUGUCUUGAAGGCCGCCCGUUUGCGCUGUGCGUGCCGAGCAGCCAAGUUGAACAGCUCCGCCCUCCAAGUAUGCCGCGCUCAGCAUUGCCACAGCGCAAACGUCACUGUAUCCCGCAUGUACAUGCUCUGCAAUCGUUCUGGCCAGUGUUCAGAGAACUACCGCGGCCUUUACCGGUGGAGUGGCGUUUCUCGACGAGCAGUCUCGACGGCUGCACAAGACUUGCGAGUCGGCAGGGCCCAUUGGCAUAGUGGAUCUCCGCGACAUGUUACCGCGUGCACGUUUCGAGACUCUUGUAGCCAUACCGGCUAUCGUGCUCGAGCAGACCGACUCUUCUCAACGCCUCGUCUCGCUGGUCAAGCCUCAUGCAUUGGCGGUAGAUUGGCAGACUCGAUCGCGUGCGCAGUGCUGAGUUGAUAUAAGAGAGCGCAAUCGGUAGGUAGGUUGUUGCGUGCUCAUCUUCUUUGCUCCUCAUCUCUCAAUCCGCCCGUCAUGGCACAGUUCGAGGGAAAGUAUGACGUUCCAUACAGCAGCGGCAGCGGCAGCGGUGCCGCCAGCGAAAUUGGUUUCAAUGCAGAGCGUGACUGGCAGCCUGAGGAGGAAGCCAAAGCGAAGAGAAAGUGAGUGCUUAGUAUCGCCUGAUCCCGA